UAGUGUGAGAAGAAAUUAUUCCUAACCUGCGAACCUCUAGUGCAUGCCUGAGUGGGGCCUGAAGUGCUUGUAGUAUUUCUUAGUGAUGCACUCCUUGAAACAUGAGGUCUGGCCAUCUUCGGUAGCUAAACCUUGCUCGGAAUAUUUCACAUGUCAAUCAUUUGUACAGUUGUUGAAAAAGCCAAAGACUAUUCCUACCUUAUCAGAUUGUUUGAUAAGGUCUUCAUUGAGCUCGUCAAAUCCUUGGAUAAGUCUUGCUUCGAUUUCUUCGUGGACUGGAAUUCCUCCAAAAGACAUAAUUUUAUAAAUAAUUAUAAAAUCA